UAUUGGGUAACCCAUCCCAAUGUGCAACGUAAACUGCACGCAUAUGGAAUGGCGGGGCUUCGCAAUUGGUUUCAUUACACGAACCUGUAUGGAGAUUGAACAGGUGUCAAAUGAUCCCGUUGCCGAAACUUCCCGCUUACAAAUUUGACGAUUGGAAUGCCAGUGGAAUUUGUGCCGUGUGGAAUGCGCAGCGAGAAGAAUGCGGCUCGCAAAAAUUCAACCCACCGUCACGACCAUGCAGAAUUCCUCCCGACACUCCAGAGAGGCAAUUUCAGCUCCAAAGAGCACAUAUUUGGGUUCCCCGCUUAUCCUACCAUUCACACACUCCAAAUCUCCUCCCGGAUGCUUACAGAUUAUGAACCAUUACUUCCGAAGUAUUGACGCCAGCCUCAUCUUCCGCCUCCAGCCUCGUCUAGCAUUUUCUUUGUAGCCAUGGCUUCUACCACCUUGCAGUCUACGCUAGGUGGUGUUAGUGCACCACGUCCUUCAACAAGCGUGCCUACCACUAGUCGUUUUACGGCCGUCCCUACUGCCCUUAAUGCCAACCGUCCUGUUGAUGCUGACUCCAACAUGCCGCCGUUCAAGAAAGCCAAGAAGCGGACCUCCCUCAUGUGGAUGUUUUUUGAGAAGAUGGAAGGGACGGAGAAGGCACGGUGCAUGCUUUGUUCGAACAAGGGGUCGAACGUGACCAUCUCGUGCAAUGGCGGCUGCACCACCGCAAUGAAGAACCAUGUUACGAGUCACCACGCACCUCAAUAUACAACAAUCACUGGUGAGGAUGUGGGAGCUGGUGGUAACCAAGACAUUGGGAAGGCGAUUCGUGGGAACACCAUGACACGGACAAGGAGAAUAGGAGGCGUUUGGUGAGGGUGAUUCUCAAGGGGAUUCUCUCCUUUAGGGCUCUCACUUGCCCCGAGUUGUUGGCAUACUUGCAGUGGCUUGAACCGAAGGUAACCAUCCCUUGUCGGGUUACGAUUGCAAGUGACAUUCACACAGCUUACAACGAGCGGGUGGUGUUGAUGAGGAUGCGUUUGCAAGGUUUGCCAUCAAAGGUAUCCUUCACGCGUGAUAUUUGGACGGCGCCCAAUUUGGAUGCCUACAUGGCUAUCACGGCGCAUUGGCUUGAUGAGCGCUUUAACAACAAGAGCAUCUUGUUGGACUUCAUCAAUCUCAAGUUCCACCACACGGGUGAGGCCAUCAAGAACGCGUUCGUGCGAGCGGUCUUUGAUGAGUGGGGUCUUGAGAGCAAGUUCAUGGCCAUCACCAUGGACAAUGCCUCCACCAAUGAGAAGAUGGUGAAACUUCUCGUCAAGGAUCACGACUUUUCCUUUGGAAGGUACAUAAGGUGCUUUGCUCAUGUCAUCCAACUUGUGGUGGAAUGCAUCUUGAAAUCACCUAA